CAAUAAUUUUAAAUCUAUUUUACCUCAAGUUUAAAUUUAUUUUAAUUGGUUUAUAUUAAUUUAUAGAAUUAUAUAUUAAACUGUGUAGAUAUAGAGAUAGGUAGUGAUUUUGGUGAAAAUUUAUAGUUUGACUGUUAGAAGGUUAAUAAUUUGGACAAAUCAGUAUAAAACAAUAUUAUCAAGGGUAUUUGUAGCCCAUGUUAACUGUAAGUCUUUAUUUUAUAUGAUAAUUAAUACAUUGCCACCCCAUCAGUCGAAUAUUUUUUAUUAUUAUAAUUGUUAAAAUAAUUAAAUUAUUGGAUUUGCUUUGUUGUUGUCGGGAUUAUAAAAUUUAAUCAACUGGCUAAAUACUUGGAAAAUUGUAAAAAUGGGAAUGGACGACUUAUCUCGUAUUUACAUCGGGAACUUGCCCGAGGAUUGCUCGCAGCGUGAGCUUGAGGAGGAAUUUGAGAAAUUUGGACGCAUCAUAUACUGUGAAUUAAAGAAGUCUUACUCUGGGUCUCCGUUUGCCUUUAUUGAGUUCAGUGAUUCGAGGGACGCCAGAGAUGCUAUUAGGGACAAAGACGGUUACGAGUUUCACGGCAAGAAGCUUCGAGUUGAGCUUCCUUUCCGCUACAAAGAUGAACCUAGAAGGCCUUCAGGCAGACGUUAUCGCACAACUAGACGUGGUAAAUAUGUUCUCGAGGUGACUGGAUUACCGCCAAGUGGGAGCUGGCAGGAUUUAAAGGAUCAUAUGCGUGACGCUGGAGAGUGUGGUCACGCUGACGUGUUUAGAGGAGGUGUUGGUGAAAUCACUUUCUUUUCCAGGAGCGAUAUGGAUUAUGCUAUUGAAAGGUUCGAUGGUUCCACGUUUAGAUCCCAUGAAGGGGAGAAGAGUAGAAUAAGUGUGAGGGAGAAGAGUAGGAGGAGGAGAACGAGAUCAUAUAGUCGUGAUAGAGGGAGAUCAUAUAGCAGGAAUAAUCGUAGAUCAAGGUCAUAUAGUCGCAGUAGGACCAGAAGUAGGAGUAGAACCAGGGACAGGAGUAGGGAUAGAAGUAGAAGUCGUGAUAGGAAUAGAGAUCGUACAUCAUCAAGAUCGUAUUCCAGAGAUAAAUCCGACUCUAGGUCUAGAGAUAAAACUGUCUCUAGAUCCAGAUCAUAA